AUGCGCACCGCAUGUAUCCGGGCUGCUAGCACCGCUAGUAGGCUCACACGGUCGUCAUGUGUCGCACAGCUGUCGCGACCACAACUCGCAGGUAGCUCAUCGCGAGUCGCCGCCUACCAAACCCGCCAGAAGCUGCAAAAGCGCGCAUUCCAGCAACACGCCGCAUCCUCACUGCAGGCGGCCGCGGCUGUCGUCGAGGCUGCCGACGAUGUAUUCGACACCCCGCCUCAGCAGACGGCCCAGGCAAAGCCGCUCGAGGCUCUCGAUACCUUUCCCCGCCGACACAUUGGCCCCUCUGCAGAGUCGGCUGAAGCCAUGCUGAAAGCGCUCGACCCGCCCGUGGGCAGCCUGGACGAGUUUGUGCACCAAGUCAUCCCCGCCGACAUCCUGUCCGGCCGUGAGUUGAAUAUUGGCAAACUCUCGCAACACCACGACAGCGAAUGGCAGAGCAACGGCGUGCCAGAGUCGGUUUUCCUCGAGAAUGCAAAGGACAUCAUGAGCCAGAACAAGCCUGGCAAGAGCCUGAUCGGACAAGGAUACUAUGGCACCAAGGUGCCAGAGGUGAUCAAGAGAAACGUGCUCGAGAACCCCGCAUGGUACACGAGCUACACGCCAUACCAGCCUGAAAUCAGUCAGGGACGCCUCGAGUCGCUGCUCAACUUCCAGACUAUGGUGACUGAUUUGACGGGCCUCAGCAUCGCAAACGCAUCAGUGUUGGACGAGCCUACUGCGGCCGCCGAGGCCAUGACCAUGUCCAUGGGCAUGAUGCCGUUGUCCAAGCAAAAGAGCAAGAACAAGACGUUUCUCGUAUCUGACAAGUGCCAUCCACAGACACUUGCUGUUCUGCACUCGCGCGCUGAAGGCUUUGGCAUCAAGAUCGAGGUGGCCGAUAUACUCAAGGACAACAGCAAGAGAGUCGAGGAGAUUGGCCAGGACCUAGUUGGUGUCCUGGCCCAGUACCCGGACACAGACGGAGGUGUCAACGACUUCCGCGGACUCUCUGAGAAGGUGCACAAGACGGGUGCCCUCUUCAGCGUAGCCACAGAUCUCCUCGCCCUUACUCUGCUCACUCCGCCAGGAGAGUUUGGCGCCGACAUUGCUUUCGGAAAUGCACAGCGCUUUGGUGUACCUCUGGGCUUUGGCGGACCACAUGCCGCCUUCUUUGCCUGCGACGAGAAGUACAAGCGCAAGAUUCCUGGCCGCUUGAUCGGUCUUUCCAAAGACAGGCUCGGCAACCCAGCGGCACGCCUUGCCCUGCAGACUCGCGAGCAGCACAUUCGCCGCGAGAAAGCAACGAGCAACAUUUGCACGGCCCAGGCUCUUUUGGCGAACAUGAGCGCCAUGUACGGUGUCUACCAUGGACCCAACGGCUUGACUGCGAUUGCGAAGCAGGUCGUUGCCAAGGCCCGCCUUAUCCAGCAAGCCAUCGUGGAUAACGGAUUCAAGACUGGCCAGCGUGGAAAGAUGGACAACACCCCCGUCAUGUUCGACACUUUUGUUGUAGAGACUGACGACAAGACUGACGGGAUUAUUGCCAAUCUCGAAAAGAAGGAACUGCUCGUGAGAAGAGUUGACGACAAGCACAUUGGUAUCUCUGUUGACGAGACCACGAACGCGCACACCAUUACCAACCUGUUGGGAGCGUUCCGGACGUUUGGCAAGGGCGACAAGACAUCUUUCAACGAGCCUGUUGAUAUUGAGCUCCCCGCGCCAUUCAAGAGGACCAGCCAGUUCAUGACGCACCCAGUCUUCAACUCGCACCAUUCCGAAACUGAGCUUCUCCGAUAUAUCAACCACCUAUCUUCAAAGGACCUCUCUCUCGUACACUCUAUGAUUCCCCUCGGUUCAUGCACUAUGAAGCUCAACGCUACCGCUGAAAUGGCUCCAGUCUCUUUCGACACCGUUUCCAACCUGCACCCUUUCCUUCCUCUGGAGCGCGCCAAGGGAUACACAGAGAUGAUCAAGCAAUUGGAGGAUGAUCUAGCCGACAUUACUGGGUUCCACUCGGUCUCGCUCCAGCCCAACUCUGGUGCACAGGGUGAAUUCACUGGUCUUCGCGUCAUUCGCAAGUAUCUCGAGCAGCAGCCUGGCAAGAAGCGUGAUAUCUGCUUGAUUCCCGUCUCCGCUCAUGGUACUAACCCCGCCAGUGCUGCCAUGUGCGGUAUGCGCGUUGUACCCAUCAAGUGUGACCAGGCGACUGGCAACCUCGACAUGGCGGAUCUCAAGGCCAAGUGCGAGAAGCACAGCGAAGAGCUUGGUGCUUUCAUGGUUACCUACCCCAGUACUUUUGGUGUUUUCGAGCCCAACGUCAAGGCGGCCUGCGACCUUAUCCACCAACACGGCGGUCAGGUCUACAUGGAUGGCGCCAACAUGAACGCACAGAUUGGUCUUUGCUCGCCCGGUGAAAUUGGUGCCGACGUGUGCCAUCUCAACCUCCACAAGACUUUCUGCAUUCCCCACGGUGGCGGUGGUCCUGGUGUAGGACCCAUUGGUGUCAAGGAGCAUCUCUCGCCGUUUCUCCCAGGCCAUCUCCGUGGCGAGACUGGUGGUGAAAUGGCCAUUCAUCCUGUCAGUGGCGCCCCAUGGGGUAGCGCCAGCAUUCUUCCCAUCAGCUGGGCCUAUAUCAAGAUGAUGGGCGCAGUUGGUCUCACUCAAGCCACCAAGAUUACGCUCCUCAACGCAAACUACAUUCUCUCCCGCCUCAAGCCACACUACCCCAUUCUUUACACCAACGAGCAAGGACGAUGUGCCCACGAGUUCAUUCUCGACGUACGCGGCUUCAAGGACAGCGCCGGUGUCGAAGCCAUUGACAUUGCCAAGCGUCUCCAAGACUACGGUUUCCACGCUCCAACCAUGAGCUGGCCCGUUGCCAACACGCUCAUGAUUGAGCCUACCGAGUCAGAGAGCAAGGCCGAGCUCGACAGGUUCUGCGAUGCCCUCAUCUCCAUCCGCAAAGAAAUCAAGGAAAUCGAGGACGGCAAGCAGCCCAGAGAAGGAAACGUGCUCAAGAUGAGCCCACACACUCAGCAGGAUCUCAUCACCGGCGAGUGGAGCAGGCCGUAUACCCGUGAAAACGCAGCGUAUCCUUUAAGCUAUCUCAAAGCGAAGAAGUUCUGGCCUGCUGUCGCGAGGUUAGACGAUGCCUACGGCGACACUAACCUCUUCUGCACCUGCGCCCCCGUCGACGGCGAAGAAAGCGACAUUACCGGUGCCGCUGCGCCCAACCCAACCUAAGCCAAAUCGCCCUGAAUUCGCUGAUCCCGGAUCAACUCCACCGCUACACUUUCAUCCUCCUUUCUACUUUUUCGCUUCUCCCUCUUUUUUCUUCCCCCAUCUUUUUGCAUUAAACAAGGUGUGCGCGGAGAGGACACAAUGGGCACAUCAUCUUCCUGCCUAUUGCCUCCCCAGUAAUAAUCUUCAACAAGCCACCCUCC